AUGGCCAGCCGGUUCUCCAACGUCGACCCGGUGACGGCGGCCGACAUGCGGCGCCAAGGCCUCGACCCGCACGAGCUGGACCGGAGCACAGAGCAGCUCAUGUCGCUCAUCCACGCCAACAUCCCGGACCCGCCCGUCUCCACCACCGCUCGCCUCACCGCCCUCCGUGCGCGCCCUCCGACGGCGUGGACCGCAUCAGCCGCCUCUCCAACGCGCUCCUCUGCGACAUUGUCUCCCGCCUCCCCGUCAAGGACGCCGCCCGAACCUCUGCGUUCGCCACGCGCUGGCGCGGGGUAUGGAGCUCCACGCCGCUCGUCCUCGUUGACACCCACAUGGUCUCCUCCGCGCGCGCCAGCACGCCGGACGUCAUCGCCGUCGUCUCCCGCGUCCUCGCCACGCACCAGGGGCCCUUCCGCUGCGUCCACCUCACCGGCAGCCGCAUGGGCGCGUACCAGGCCCAGCUCAAGCGCUGGAUCCGUCUCCUCGCCGCCAGGGGCGUCCAGGAGCUUGUCCUCAUCAACCGCCCGUGGCUCCGCGAGGUGCCCCUCCCCAAGACGCUCUUCACCAUCUCCACCCUCACCCGCCUCUACAUCGGGGUCUGGAAGUUCCCGAACAUGGCCGGCCUCCAAGGCGCCUCCUUCCCCCACCUCCGGGAGCUCGGCAUCUGCAGCGUCGCCGUCGUUGUCCAGGAGCCCCGCCAUGGAGAUCCUCAACAUCCAAGGGAGGAUGAAGGGGGCGUGUCUCCGCCUCGUCAGCCACAGCCUCCGUUGCGUGCAGAUCUGCUCUUUCGUCAUGGAGAGCGUGGACGUGUUGAACGCCCUGCGUCUGGAGCGUCUCAUCAUGUCAGAGUGUCUCAACACUGCCGGCGGCGGAUCAUGCAUUAAGGGUUGGCAACGUCCCCAAGCUGAAAGUAUUCGGGUUCCUGGAGCCAGGAAAAUACGUGCUGGAGAUCCAAGACACCGUCAUCAUGGCUGGGAUUAA